AUGAGUUCACAGCGAUAUGAGCGUGUUAAUGCCCACGAUGAAGACGACGAGGAUAGCCACGUCGAGGCAUUCCCGCCUGUGUCCAACCUAGCCCCCCCAAUCCCCUCGUCACCGCCACCCUCAUUCCACUCCCGGUCGUCGUCGCCAUCGUCGCACCGUCUCUUCCAUGAAGAUCCCAUGCACGGAGCGGCUAAUAAUGAUAUGGAAGAUGCCUUUGACGAUGGCGAGGAUUCAGACGAUGGCGACGAGCCAGACGACAGGCAACGGCUGAUGCGAGGCGACCCGACCGUGGCCAGCCCUGAAACAGUACCAUCUGCAGAUAAUACCACCACCGAAAGUCCACAAUCUUCAUCGACGCAAAGGAGGGGGACUCUUCUUCCAACCUUCUCGCCGUCCGCAGCGUCCCGCUCGGUCGGAAUGGGUUCUUCCAAUGACGGCGUUUUCGCUAAUCUGAAUGCGAAGCCGGAGCGAGGCGAAAAAGACGAAGACCUACCUCCGUCGUAUGAACAAGCGGCCGCUGAUGCGACUCCUCCCUACUGGGAAACCACCAUUAUGGCCCCCGGCAUGUCCUCGGACGAGGUUUACGUGGACGGCCUACCGGUCGGCUCUAUUUUCUCUUUCAUAUGGAAUGGAAUGAUUUCCAUGUCGUUCCAGCUCGUCGGCUUCCUUCUCACCUAUCUCCUCCACACAACGCACGCAGCCAAAAACGGAAGCAAAGCUGGUCUCGGUCUUACAUUGGUUCAAUAUGGGUUUUAUAUGAAGGGAAGCGGCGACUCGAGGUCUGGCAAAGACAACGACGAGUACACGCCGCCCCCCGAUCCAAACAGCCACAAUUUCGAUCCCAACUCGAUUGGCGACAACGCGGCAGCCGGGGUUGGUGCCCAAGGGAACGGGGAUUCUUCGAAUGGCGCCAUGGCUGCAAUUACGACCAACGAAUGGAUCUCUUACGCCUUGAUGAUUGUCGGGUGGUUUAUACUCAUUCGGUCAGUCAGUGAAUUUCUUCGCGCUCGCAGGCAUGAGCAACUGGUCUUGCAAAGUCCGGACCGGGGUCUCAGCGUUCCUGUUAUUGCAGAAGGCGAGAGGUCUGAAACCGUCCACAACACUGGUCGCAAGCUGGCCGACACCAACUUCGCCUCGCGACGAUUCAUGGCGGAGACGGCGCCUGUCGAAGCCCGGUCUCUGUCGUCUGUGACCGCUAUCGCUGCGAAUCCCCCCGCAUAUCCACGCAAUCCAACGCAGGAGCGACUCGAUCGGCUUGUGCUGUACAUUGUCAAGGUCCCUGGAAGUCGAGAUGUGAUAUUGACUCCCUUGAAACCCCCGACCAAAUCCAACAUCUCAAGCGAAGCCGUCAACUCAUCUCUCUAUUACUUGCAUGUCGCAAGCGAAGCCGACGAGGAUGUUCUCCGGUCAAUCGGGUCAGAAAAUGGACAGCAGCAGCACCAGGACGGGCAUAUGUCGGGGUUACCUACAGAGACCGUGCCUAGGUUGAAUGACUUUCAUCGCAAACCGGUGGGAGGUGCUGCUGAAUCGCAACCUACUCCCCCUUCUCCACCGCCGCCGCCGCAUCGAGAGUUUCCUCCGAGUCCGGUUAUUCCAAGAAAGCCUACUACGGCGUCGAACAGUCCUGUCUCUCCGAUAAAUCCUCCAUACCCCCACGGCGAAGAUAGAAACGAAGUGCCUGACUAUCAUAAUCAUCACGGUCCGCCGCUAGAACACAACGAUGACUCAAAUCACUUCACUAUCCCUCGACGCCCUGUAACGAUUUAUGAUGAUGCGCUAUUAGGUGCUGUUCCUAGACCAAGUCUGACCAUUCAAGCCCCUGCUGAGGAAGAUUACUCCAAUAAUUACGGCAGAGAGCGACCAAGACUCAGCAUGGAAAACGAAUAUCCCGGCCAAGAACGGCGCCAUUCGCAAAUGGCCGAGAAAGUCCCCUCACCCAUUACGCCUAAUCAAAGACCGUCGUCAUCAUUUAAAAUAACCAUUAUUCGUCGUGAUCCUGCCUCGGGUCAUCAAUGGAACGUUGGCACCAUGUCUAGUUUCGAUGAGGAUAACGGCUCUAUUCACGUCGAGAUCACGAAUCCGGGAUAUGGAAAGUUUCUCAACAAUGAAUCUUUUUCGCUAGCGGCUGUCGGGCAGACUCUGCCGGGUGUAGGUCAUGCUGAGAAUACGGCUGCAGAAGCAAUCAAGGCAAUGAUGCAUAAUACACCACGAAACGAUGGGCCACCGGACACGGUCUUUCACAGGGAGGUGACUCCGAUAAGACAUAACCACCCUCAGGGCAGUCACCAGCGCUCGGGGUCAGCGGAUUCCAAAGUAGCGGACAUGGUGGUGAAUCCCAAAGUCAGUCGUGGGUACUAUUCAUUCACCUCUCCGUGGAACGGAAAUUGUGCCUUUGUUGCAAGUAUCAAUGGGCUUGGUAUCAAGUGCAAACACACAAUUCCCGGCCCAUCUAUGUCUGGGCCUCAGGAGAACCACAACAACAAUGCCGAAGUAACGGUAUCUGAACUGCGCUUCAACAUCCCAUUUCCGCUCGACCAGCACUUCCGAUCCCCUUUGCUCAGCGUCUGGGGGGAAAAGGGAGGCAAGCGUGGUGCUCUCGCUCAAAUGAUCACGUCGAACAUACAAAAGGUUCAACAGGCUCGCACCCGCGCUCGGAGCGAGUCGAAUCCUAUCCGGCCACCCUCGGGCAGCAGCUCUGAAGACUUGACUGCUGAUGAAGAUCGGUUGGAUUUCUCGUUGGCUAGGGAGCCUGGCGGCGGUGGCAUGGACGGUAGGAGUGCCAAGUUGGGCAAACUGAUUAUCGAAGACGAGGGCAUCAAAAUGAUCGACCUGGUGGUUGCGGCGUCCAUGGGCAACACACAAUACUCUCUUCCCAGCAAUACACGAGUGACCGUCACCAUGUCAGACUUGCACCAGCGAAAGACCUUCAAGGUGUUCAAUCAAGACUUUGUCGUCGACGAUCGGUACAAUGUGACCAAGGAAUUGGGCCAGGGCGCCUACGGUAUUGUCUGUGCUGCAGUCAACUCACAGACAAACGAGGGUGUCGCCGUCAAGAAGGUGACCAAUGUCUUUAGCAAAAAGAUUCUCGCUAAACGCGCUUUGAGAGAAAUCAAACUGUUGCAGCAUUUCAGAGGCCACCGCAAUAUUACCUGUCUGUAUGAUAUGGACAUCCCAAGACCGGAUAACUUCAACGAAACCUAUCUCUACGAAGAAUUGAUGGAGUGUGAUUUGGCGGCCAUCAUCCGUUCCGGCCAGCCCUUGACUGAUGCCCACUUCCAAUCCUUCAUAUACCAGAUUCUUUGUGGCUUGAAAUACAUACACUCGGCAAACGUGCUGCACCGAGAUCUGAAGCCCGGAAACUUACUUGUCAACGCCGACUGUGAAUUGAAGAUUUGUGAUUUUGGCCUUGCGCGAGGAUUCUCGAUUGACCCCGAGGAGAAUGCCGGGUACAUGACUGAAUACGUCGCUACCCGCUGGUACCGUGCUCCUGAGAUUAUGUUGAGCUUCCAGAGCUACACAAAAGCCAUUGACGUUUGGUCUGUCGGCUGUAUUCUCGCCGAGCUCUUGGGCGGUCGUCCAUUCUUCAAGGGUCGUGACUAUGUCGACCAACUCAACCAAAUCCUUCACUACCUGGGUACCCCGGCCGAGGAAACCCUCUGCCGUAUUGGAUCGCCGCGUGCGCAGGAAUACGUCCGCAACUUGCCAUUCAUGCCCAAGGUUCCCUUCCAGCGUCUCUUCCCCGGAGCCAACCUGGACGCUCUCGACUUGCUUGACCGCAUGCUGGCAUUCGAUCCUUCGCAACGUGUCUCGGUCGAAGAAGCCCUGGAGCAUCGCUACCUGCAAAUAUGGCACGACGCCUCUGAUGAGCCAUCAUGCCCGACUACCUUUGACUUCCACUUCGAGGUGGUCGAAGACGUCGGCGAGAUGCGCAAGAUGAUUUUGGACGAAGUCAUCAACUUCCGUGCCGUCGUUCGCCAGCAACAACAAGCCGCCAUCCAAGCCCAACAAUCCCAACAAGCGCCCCAGAACGUGCCGAUCCCAGAUCAUAACCAGCAGAAUACAUGGAAACAGGAUGAACCCCGACCACAGGAGGCCACGCUCUCGAAUUCACAUCAAAACGACCUUGAAGCAUCGCUGCAGCGUGGUAGUGACUUUGUGCAUUAA